UAGAUUAACGGCUCCUCUGUGCGCCGUGUUUACAGUUAAUGGGCCAAAAGAUGGUUCCAGUCAGGACUGGGAGGGAUCGGAGGACUGCCUGCAGACCUGCAGGCUCCUGUUCCACUCUGGAUAUGAGCAGAACUCAGCCCUGCGCCGCUCUGGCUCACCACACAAAAACAAGCUCUGGACUCUGACUGGGAAGAGCCAGAGAAGGCUCCUCCUCCGUGGUGUUUGUGUGUGUGUGUGUGUGUGUGUGUGUGAGUGAGAGUGUGUGUGUUCUCCCCUGAGCUGCAGCCAGUCUGCAGUGUGUGAGCCAGGGGAGAGUGUGUGUGUGAGUGUGUGAAUGCACCAUGUCUCCGGUGUACCUGCUCACGGGGGGCUGCGGCUUCCUGGGGAAACACCUGCUGGAGGUGCUGCUGCAGCAGGAGCGCGAGCUGGCGGAGGUCCGGGUCUUCGACAAGCACGUGGAGCGCGAGCUGGAGGCGCGCAGCACAGAGAAGACCAAGGUGGUGGUCAUCCAGGGGGACAUCACGGACUACAGCAGCGUGCUGGAGGCGACUCGCGGCGUCGACGUGGUCAUCCACUCCGCCAGCCUGGUGGACGUGUGUCACAGAAUCCCGGAGAGCGCCAUCUACGCCGUCAACGUGACAGGGACGAAGAACGUGAUCCAGGCGUGCGUGGAGUGCGGCGUGGAGCGGCUGGUCUACACCAGCAGCAUGGAGGUGAUCGGCCCCAACAUGAACGGAGACCACUUCCUCAGGGGGAAUGAAGACACGCCGUACGUCGUGAAACACACCAUGGCGUAUCCCAAGAGCAAGACGGAGGCCGAGAAGAUCGUGCUGGAGGCCAACGGCAUCGAGGUGCGCGGCGGGAAGCGGCUGUACACCUGCUCUCUGAGGCCCACCGGGAUCUACGGCGAGGGCCACCAGCUGAUGAAGGACUUCUACAAGCAGACGGUUCAACGGGGGGGCGUGGUCAUCGGAGGCAUCCCAGACCACAUCGAGCACGGGAGGGUGUACGCAGGUAAUGUGGCCUGGAUGCACGUCCUGGCGGCGCGCGCCCUGAGGGACCGGCCGCAGGAAGUGGGCGGCGAGGCAUUCUUCUGCUACGACGACUCGCCCUACAAGAGCUAUGAGGACUUCAAUAUGACGCUGCUCUCCGUCUACAACUUCCGCAAGUCCCGCAUGCCCUUCCUGCUGCUCUGGUUCCUCGCCCUGUUCAACGACGUCAUGCGCUGGAUCCUGAGCCCGGUGUACAACUACACGCCGCUGCUGAACCGCUACACCCUGGCGGUGGCCAGCACCACCUUCACGGUGGGGACGGACAAGGCCCAGCGCUACUUCCAGUACAGCCCCCUGUACGACUGGGACCAGUGUCUGGCCCGCACGCAGAAGUGGAUCAGCACCUUCCACUCGGAGAAGCCCAAAGAGACGUAACGGCGUUCGCAAACUGCUGCUCGCACCAUACACACCGGGAAUCAGCACACAAACGCACACACAGAUCAGCCAACACAUGGUGGUCGCUGACGGAGAAGUCUGUAGCCCGUCUGGGACCCGAUUUGUUAAAAAGUUGAUGUUUCAGAAGCAAUAAACCAGACCAGGGUCAGAGUCUGAGUACGUUUGACUGUGACGGAGUCAGAACAUUUAGAAAACUUCAGCUCUGAAAGGAUGGAAAUUUGAUUUAAUUUAACUUACAAAUCCCAACACAGUCAUCUGAAAACACUGUUACAGAGAGAAAUCCAGCAAUCCCACAUGAGCCGAGAGGACAUGAUGGAAAAGGUCACUUUUUAACAGGAACACCCCUGCAGAACCAGACUCAGAGGAGACUCUCUGCAGAACCAGACUCAGAGGAGGAGACGAGAUAAAAGUUGGGCAUGGACACAGAUUGUCACAGAUGGUCAUAAAAAUCCACUCACUGCAGACACGAUAGAGGCUUAUAUCAUGAAAAUUCCAGGUUUACUGUCGGAGAUCCUGCAGGAAGGAACAGAGAGGGAACGUUAAGCCCCUUUCACACUGGCCAAAAACCCCAUUGAAACUCGCUAAUAAUCGCCUCCUUAUGGCAGUGUGUAAGGGUGUAAUCGGAAUUUAGACCUGGGUCUUUCAACCCUGCAAUAAACCCAGGAAUUUACCGGGUCGGCUCUACGGCUUUGAGUAAGAGGGACACAUCCGGGAACUUACGUGAUGACGUUGACGCAGCGUGGCUUCGUUAGCGCGCUAGUUGUUGUUUCUGGACACAGCAUGAGAUUUCCUUCAUCAAGAUGACCCAGUAUUGGCAAGAUAG